AUGUCUGAAUCAUCUAUUUCACCUUCUAAACCAUCUGUGGAAUUGCCACAAGCAACCUGGUCGCAUCUGCAAAGAUACCCAGCUCUAUCCAAGUUUCUCAAAUAUGCAGAAUCUCUACCACCCGUGGAGAGGUUGAUUUCUUUCAACCUCGUUGUUUUGGGAUCUGUGAACCAGUGGGUUUCCGAAUCAUCCGGCUCUCCUCGUCUGGUGAAGCAAGUUGUUGCUGCCGGGAAGGAGGGAGCCUUCAAGUUGGAUGAGUUAAUCAACCUCUUGGUAUUCAAGGAGGGUGUCGACGGCUUGUUGUACAAUUGGAAAUCACACUCCAACACGCCAGGGAUCUGGCUGGUGUGGUUCUUUGUCGACUACGUCGCCAACAUUUCUAAUACUUUGUUGAGGGAGUUCCUAAUCAAGCCAUUACAUUUGCAAGGCUCUAACGCAUCGAAGGAAAUCGGCUCCUCCGGUGAAGAGAACAAGGUCACAGACACUUCUUCUUUGCCCCACGUGGCAGAGUUGUCUUCAACGACCAGAGGUAUGUCGCAGGAGAUCCAGUCCAAGGUCAAGUCUAACUACAUCGACCCAACCAAGGACCUGGCCAAAGAGAAGUAUGACGCUAUAGUGAAGCCCACCACUGAUAAGUUGCAGUCCGUGUACAUCGAUCCAACCAAGUCUAAGCUGAACGAGACCUACCAACGUUUCACCACUGUGUACGAAAACAACUUAAGCAAGUCCGAAAGUGUCCCUAAAGCCAUCGUAUCCACCGGGUUGGAUCUGGGCAAUGCCACUAUUGAAAAGCUAAAGGCUGCAAGAGAGGACCAAGCCAACUCCAAGCCUGCGGCUGUUUCAACCAAUUAG